GAAGGUAAAAUCCAACUUUUUUUUUUUUUUUUUUAAACAAUUCAUUCCAAUUUUUUUUUUUCAAAGUAAAUAUAAAUCCACAUAGACACCAAAAUUCAACAUAAACAAAUCUAAAAGUCUAACCAACAUCCAAUCAAAAUCAGCCACGUGUACACAAAAUUCUAUUUUUGUCCUCCCUACGACCCCUAUAUAAAACACCAAAAAAAGCAAAAAUCAAACUUUAUUCUCUCACUUUUUUUUUAAAAAAUAAAAAUCAAUUUUUAUCCAAACAUGGCCUUCUCCUCCACCGUAUCUCCCAAACAUCACCGUCUCUCUUCCGCCGGCGGCGGCGGCUCCGCCUUACCUAACAAUUUCCAAAUACCUCUAAAACUCAACAAAAUUACACUUUUGCCAUCCUCUUUAAAGCUUCCGUGUUCUAUUACUUGUGUUCUUACGGAAAAGCAAUCAAUGGCGGCGGCUGAACCGGCGCCGGUUCAUCAACGUCCCGAUUCGUUUGGCCGGUUCGGUAAAUUUGGCGGGAAAUACGUACCGGAAACGCUAAUGCACGCGCUUCAUGAGCUUGAAAUUGCUUUCAAUUCACUCGCUAACGAUGAAGCUUUUCAGAAAGAGCUAGAUGGAAUAUUAAGAGAUUAUGUUGGCAGAGAGAGCCCUCUUUAUUUUGCAGAGCGACUUACCGAGCACUACAAACGUCCAGAUGGUGAAGGGCCACUGAUCUACCUGAAAAGGGAAGAUCUUAACCACACUGGUGCCCACAAAAUCAAUAAUGCCAUCGCCCAAGCUUUGCUUGCCAAGCGCUUGGGCAAGAAACGCAUCAUUGCUGAGACAGGUGCAGGUCAGCAUGGUGUUGCCACCGCUACUGUUUGUGCUCGUUUUGGUUUGGAAUGCGUUAUCUAUAUGGGUGCCCAAGAUAUGGAGAGACAAGCACUAAACGUCUUCAGAAUGCGUCUACUUGGAGCUGAGGUUAGAGCAGUCCACUCUGGGACUGCUACCCUCAAGGAUGCCACUUCAGAGGCUAUAAGGGAUUGGGUUACAAAUGUUGAGACAACUCAUUACAUACUUGGAUCUGUUGCAGGCCCACAUCCGUACCCCAUGAUGGUAAGAGAGUUCCAUGCGGUGAUUGGUAAAGAAACAAGGAAGCAAGCAUUGGUAAAAUGGGGUGGGAAACCAGACGUGCUUGUUGCAUGUGUUGGUGGAGGAUCAAAUGCUAUAGGACUAUUCCAUGAGUUUGUUGAUGAUAAAGAUGUUCGGUUGAUUGGGGUAGAAGCUGCCGGUUUUGGUAUAGAUAGCGGAAAACAUGCUGCAACUCUGACAAAGGGAGAGGUGGGAGUACUGCACGGAGCCAUGAGCUAUCUGCUGCAAGAUGAAGACGGACAGAUAGUUGAGCCCCAUUCUAUCAGUGCCGGAUUGGAUUACCCUGGAGUUGGGCCAGAGCACAGCUUUUUGAAAGACUUGGGACGAGCAGAGUAUUAUAGCAUUACCGAUGAAGAGGCUUUAGAAGCCUUCAAGCGAUUGUCUCGGUUAGAGGGCAUUAUCCCUGCACUCGAAACAUCUCAUGCACUGGCUUACUUGGAGAAGUUAUGUCCUACCCUACCCCAUGGAACUAGGGUGGUUCUCAACUGCAGUGGCAGAGGAGAUAAAGAUGUUCAAACAGCUAUCAAGUAUUUGAAAGUUUAAUUUGAAUCCCCUUUAGGUGGAGAUUCAUUUUGUACUUUAGAAAACUGAAUGAAACAAGUCUGUUGUAUUAGUUAAAAAAAGAAAAAGAAAAAUGUUUUUCUGAUGAAUAAUAUAUUUGUUUUAGAAUAUGAACAAAACUCUUGCUAUAGAGUUAUUCAAUAUUUGUCUAUUGAUUUUCAGACUCUUUUGUAAAAUUUCUAUUUGUUGUAUACAAAUUGAACUCUAUAUGGUAUACAAUUGUUGUGCAAA